AUGUAAGAAAAAUGCAUUUUUGUCUGAAUUGUCGAGAACGCCUGCUUUCGGAUAUCCUGAUAUGCAUUUCGGAAAUUUGAGAAAUAUAAAAAUAUGCUGAGCUUUAUUCGGUGUAUGUUUUUGUUACAAUUAUCACGCGAAAUUAUACUUAGCUUUUAUUUCAAAUUUGAAAUAAAGUGAUUUAUUUAAAUGUUCACGUGAGAAAUUACUUUUUCCGGCUGUCCAAUUUUCAAUUUAUAAUUUUUAAUUUCCAGUUACGUAUAGUUGGAAAACAAUCACACGAAAUAUUUCGUUUAUAUUUUACGUAUUCCUUUUCUCUUUGCAGUAUGUGGUAUCAUACUGAGUUCUUGUUCGUAUCCAAGUUUAAAGAUGCAGGAAGACUGACAUUUCCCGAUCCUUCAGACGACGUAGAUACUAUCGCGCUCGAUUUUUCAUCCGCCGUCGGAUGCACCAGUUGCAUUUCCGCGCAUAAUUCACGAGCGAAGAUCAUUCCCGUCUGAUCGCAACACGUAGCGCGUACAAGAUACACAUCGUCGGAAUAUCUUUCAGACAUCGCGAGAGAUAUCAGUGCGAGCGGCGUGUCGGUGUCGAUGAAGAAGACACCGGCGGACACCGCGGCGAUAUAAUGGCACCCAGGAAGCCGACGAAAUACGACGACUCGUAAACUCCACGAAGAUGGAAUUGCGCAAAGGCUCCUGGAAGAUCGCGAUCCUCGUGUGCGCGCUGAUCAUCUACCUGUGGAUGCUCUUCGUCGAUCACUCGCACAUGCUGGCCGACAUAUCGCAGAAGAUCACGCUACAGAGGACGCGGAUCUCCGCGAGAACCGACUUGUACCAAGGAGGUGGCGAUCGAUCGAGGAUCGAAAUCGCUAACGAUCCGAGGAAACCGCAAUCUCUCUCCGCGUCCCCAAACGCAAGCGGCACGUCGGAGUAUCAGACGCUUAAGCAACAGGGACUGAUACCGAGCCGGCAAUUGCCGACCGCUCUGAUAAUCGGCGUGAAGAAAGGCGGGACGAGAGCCCUUUUGGAGUUCCUGAGGUUGCACCCGGCGAUCCGCGCCGCCGGCUCCGAGGUUCAUUUCUUCGAUCAUCAUUACAUGAAGGGAUUUCGCUGGUACAGGCGUAGGAUGCCCCCGACUCUCGUCGGUCAGAUCACCAUGGAGAAGACGCCGUCGUAUUUCAUAACGAAUGAGGUGCCGAAGAGGGUGAAGCAUAUGAACCCGGGAAUGAAGCUGAUCGUCGUGGUGCGGGACCCCGUGACCCGGGCGAUCUCCGAUUACACGCAGGUGAAGAGCAAGCGUCGUAAGAUGCCGCGCUUCGAGGAUCUAGCCUUCCUGAACGGGUCGAGGAUCGUGGACACCUCCUGGAUGCCGUUGAAGAUCGGAGUCUACGUGCGGCACCUGGAGCGAUGGUUGCAGUACUUCCCGCUGUCGCAAUUCUUAUUCGUCUCUGGCGAACGUCUGAUCGCCGACCCGGUGAUGGAGAUCACCCGGGUGCAGGACUUCCUGGGUCUGAAGCGGGUGAUAUGCGAGAAGCAUUUCUACUUCAACGCCACCAAGGGAUUUCCCUGCUUGCUUAAGUCAGAGGACCGCGCGACGCCGCACUGCCUCGGAAAAAACAAGGGUCGCAGUCAUCCCUAUAUCGAUCCCAUGGCGAUUCAGCGUCUUCGAGAUUUUUAUCGGCCGUUUAAUCAGCGAUUUUAUCAAUUGGCGGGUAUGGAUUUCGGCUGGAAUUAAAAAUCCACCCGCGUAUCGCAUACAUAUAUACAUAUCGUAAGCAGGAAAACGGAACGGAGUCAAUUCUCGUCGUGUAUCAAGUACUUGUUAGUCCUUAUCGAGUACGAUAUCUAAAUACACCUGAAUAUCUGUAAACCGAUAGGAACAUAUACAUUAUCGUCAUAUCAGAAGGAGCGCCGUUAUUCCAUAUAGCAUUUGAGCGAAACUACCAAAAUCUUGCUUCCGAUGAUGUAUUCUUCAGUUUUACACAUAUCAUAUUUUUAUUUUUUAUUUAAUCAGGUUAUCUUAUCAAAUUAUAAAUUACAAAACAUAUCUUUUUAUAUUGAUUUAAUAUAGUGUCAAAUAAUUUACAAGAACUUCACAUAUAAUAGAAGUUCUUGUAAGUUCUUGUAAGUCAUUGUGUUCUAUUUGUUAUUUGUAAUGCUAGAUAAUCUAGAUUCGUAGUUUAAUAAAUAUUAGAUUUGCCAUCGCAAAGCUAACAGAAAAGAAUGAUAGCUCUUAAAAUGAUUAAGGUACAGUUGCCGUCCGGAACUCUUUACGAAAAGAAACCGCGACAUAUCUAUAAUUAUCCUACAAGUAUUAUAACAGAGCUACAAUAAUAAAAUUAUAUCACAUUGAAGAUACUUCUAUAUAUAUGCAAUGAAAAGAAUAUAAAAUCUAUAAUAUACAUCAAAAA